AUGGUAAUAUUAUUAUUAGCUUCAAUUACUAAGAGAGUUCAAGUUCCAUUUUCUGUGUGGUUACCCUUAGCUAUAGCUGCUCCUACCCCUGUUUCGGCCUUAGUACAUUCUUCAACAUUAGUUACAGCAGGGGUAUAUUUAGUUAUUCGAUUUUUUAAUAUUUUUAUAGAUAAAGAAGGGGGGAGAGUGAUAUUAUUAAAUAUUGCUGUUAUUACAAUAUUUAUAUCGGGUAUGGUUGCUAAUUUUGAAUAUGAUUUUAAGAAAAUUAUUGCUUUGUCUACAUUAAGGCAGUUAGGGUUUAUAAUAAUAAUUUUAGGGUUAGGAUUUAAGUUAAUUGCUAUGUAUCAUUUAUUAAUUCAUGCUAUUUUUAAGUCAUUAUUAUUUAUAAGUGCUGGAGUAAUCAUUCAUAGUAUAAAAAAUAUACAAGAUAUUCGAUUACUAGGAAAUUUGAAUGAAAUCAUACCUUUUACAAUAAUAAGAUUUAUAAUUUCUUCAAUUGCUUUAAUAGGUACCCCUUUUAUGUCAGGAUUUUAUAGGAAAGAUUUAAUCAUGGAGUUAGUUUAUUUGAAGAGUGGGGUAAAUAUUUAUAUAGAAAUAUUAGUAAUUAUAUCUUUAUUUUUAACUGUAUUUUAUUCAGUUCGGCUAUUAUAUUAU